AGGGGUACUUGUUGCAAGUGUUAUAAGACAGGAGUACUCGCCUCCUUCACUUUCUCCUUCAGCAAAAUACACAACUGCGGCUCUCAGAUCUGUGCCUCCACCACCGCCACCAAACACCGUCAAGGGCUUCUGAGAUUGACAGACGUGCAAGAUGUCAGGAGAUGAAGUUGAGGUUCCCGUUCCUGCUGAGCCUGUAGCUGCUGCUCCAGCUCUAGGUGAGCCCAUGGACCUCAUGACAGCGUUGCAACUUGUGCUUAGGAAGUCAUUGGCUCAUGGUGGGCUUACACGGGGCCUGCAUGAAGCUGCCAAGGUCAUUGAGAAGCAUGCUGCACAGCUUUGCGUUUUGGCUGAGGACUGCGACCAGGCUGAUUAUGUUAAGCUGGUGAAGUCACUGUGUGCAGAGCAUAAUGUUAACCUAAUGACAAUUCCUAGUGCUAAAACUCUUGGAGAAUGGUCUGGGCUUUGCAAGAUUGAUUCUGAAGGGAAGGCAAGAAAGGUCGUUGGUUGCUCUUGCGUUGUUGUCAAGGAUUUUGGUGAAGAUACAGAAGGCCUUCAUGUUGUUCAGGAGUACGUGAAGUCCCAUUAAAACCUGGAAGAGGUUGGAAAUUGAGGCCCUUUUAACCCGGGGGCAUUGUUCUUUAGAUAGUCAUGGACCUUCCUUAGUAUUGUCUGUCCCUACUUAUAACAUGUCCUUUCUGAUUCUGAAACCAUCAUAUUUUGGAGCAUGCUAUCAUCUGUGUUUAACAUAUCCUUCAAUGGAGUGAUAAUUUUGUUAUGGAUUCAUUAGUGUUUUACA